AAAAUAGUUUGUUCUACAUCCUGCGCAUUGUUCUGAGCUUGUUACGAUCACGUCAAGGCCUGCAAUGUUUCAGUUAAGCUUCUCAGAACGGAGCGAAACCCAUAAAGGCCACUACAGUUCCUUAAUUUAAUGAGAGCUGAGUAACACGUCGAGAUCGCAAAUUGCCCGUGAGUUCAUGACAUUUUAGUUGCCUUUAAGGCAGGGUCAGGGAGAAGUUAGAAAAACUGGGCUGGAGGCUACGGCCCAUUUGACUGACGUCACAGCUUUAAAAUGGUAAAAAACAUGCAAAGUGUACUCGGCUGCCUGCUGGUACGGUGCGUGUCUGGACAAGUGUGUGGCGCAGAAAAUGAAAGAGAGAGAGAGAGAGAGAGAGAGAGAGAGAGAGAGAGAGAGGGGCUAUUCACCUCCAUACAGCAGCAGCACAGCACGUUAUCUAAGAAGGCUGUACGGUGAAUUUUAAACAGAUAGCGGAAGACAGUUCACUCUACAACCGCGGAGGUGGAAACAAAUAUCCGAAGGGGACCGGCUGAGUAACGGAAAAGGGAACGUAUACUUUUAAUAUAGAAUACCGCUAGCCUACGCACGUUACCUCUAAUCUGCAAUUCGCAUGCAGUCUCAUUCGCUCUGUCCGGCUUUAUCACGGGCUUCCAAGGACGAACGGGAAAGUAAAAAUGUAGAGGAAAUGCGCGGACAUUGAAAAAGCCAGUUCAGUCAAUUGACCUAUAAAGCUGUCAUAAAAUUUACACUCGCACAUUGCAUUUUGAACUGCGUUCAAGGAAUGGAACAGAAAAGCUGACCGGCCGGCUUCGGAGAAAACCGAAAAUAACGGAAAGUGUUCGUACUGAAAAAACGAAGCAGGCAAACAAAUAGACACGAAUGUAUUAUCGCGACAUUCAUGUGCAAACUAUUUUGUUUUUUCGAUAAGACCAACCUUUAUUUUUAGCAUUUUAAAUCGUUUCGCUACUGCAACGUUUUGGUCCGCAUUCGCCCGGUUAAUCUUUUUUUCACUGAAACGGGACGUAAGCACUGCACUAAAGGAGCAUGCAUGAUAAUAGGGUUAUCUGCCAAGCGAGGUCCAUCAGAUAGCCCCGCGUGUACACAGUGGCCCACAUGACCUAGUUACCGAGGGAGUUUCAUGUGGAUGACAUCUCUGAGACCGGGCUUUUGGCAUUGACAGACAACAGGUGACGUGGGAUAAACACCUUAAAGGACGGAGAGAAGUGUUUCGUACCUUUCACUCUUUUGCUGGUGACAGCCUGCAUGUGUUUUUGGUUUUGAUAGCCAAAAACCUAAAAGGACUCUAGCUAGAUUAAAUACGGACAUGUAUUCCAUAUAUUUUGUAAAAUAUUGAUUGGAACGGCAACAAGACACAUCAAAUGGUAGUGUGGUUGGUGGAUGUGUCUGUAUAACCUUUUUGAUUCGGAGGCCAAUGAGAUACUGCAUGGAACAGUGAUUGUUAUUGGGGAUAUUGACCUUUACCCCUGGCUUUAGGGUUUUAUUCAUAUCCUUUAGGACUCCCAUCACCUGUCACUAACUUCAGAGAGAAUAAAUCUACUGGCUUAUGAAAGCCAUUUUCAUUAAUAGUGAUUUAAGGAUUAAACUUUUCAAACCUCCCUUUGGUUUUUGCACUGCCUUUGAGAUCAAAGGUUCGUCGGAGAAAAAGAGGAAAUUCCAUGACAUCAUACGGGAUUACUACUACUGCGCACUAAUCAUUGGACUUGUGAUCGGGAGGUAUAAUUCAAUAAAAUCAGCCGAGCACUUGAAGCUAUAGCAGUGACUAAGGGCAAUUCUCUGGCAAUGACGACUACAAAAGAGCUGAUUAUUAGGACGCAUCAUGUGGAGCGUGUCCAAACUGUCGGGGGAGAUUCAUUGGAGCCUACCGAUCGUCAAACAGGCCGUCCUUCUCAUCCAAUCAUGUUGGUGAAAUGCCACAAGUCGCUUCCCCCCCUGCUGAAGCACACCGACGUCCCCGCCCGCAUCACAGAGAACUUCAUCCUGUCAGGCUACCGCUUCCCCAACUACAGCCUCGUCCAGUGCCUGGUCUCGGCCUUCCGGCCCACGAAUGAGACGGGAAACUUCUGGACCCACUUCCUGCCGGUGUUCGUUUUCGGCUUCUACUUCGCGGAGCCGUUCGGCUGGGAGGGCGCGGCGCCUGCCAACGACCCGUUCUUCUACCCGCUGUGGACCUAUUUCAUCGGCGUGUUCUGCUUGCUCACGGCGAGCAGCAUGGCCCACCUCCUGAACUCCAUGUCCCUCGUGGUGAGGGAGGUGUGUUUCUUCGUGGACUACGGAACCAUCAGCGCUUAUACAGUGGGCUCGUCCUUGGCCUACCACUAUUACAUCCACCCCAGAGCAGGGAUACCGGAGCUGGGGGCCGGAGGGGCCAAUGACAGCCGGGAGCACCCUUUGGCGGCGCCGGAGGCACCGGGGUUCGGCGUGUUCUUCGAGACCUUCUACAUCCCGAGCUCCUGCCUGGUGGCCGUCAUCUGCGUCCUGGCCUGCUGCAACACGCGCCAGCGCUGGCGGACCUACCGCUACGUCAUACGCACCCUGGUCUUCCUCCUGCCCUUCUUGGUGGCGUCCACCCCCAUCUUCUACCGCCUCCUCCACGCCUCCCCCUCCUCGCCAAGCUACGACUCGUCCUUCCCCGCGGCCCAGUUCUUCUAUCGGCACUGCUUCUGGCUGGUGGCGUCGGCCGUGUUCAACAUCAGCAAGGUCCCGGAGCGGCUGUCGCCAGGCCGGUUCGACAUCUGGGGCCACAGUCACCAGUGGUUCCACGUCUGCACCUUCCUGUCCAUCCUGGACGAGUUGCACAUGAUCAACGGGGAGCUCAGGGCUAUCCUCCUGCGCCUGGCCCCUGGGGGGACCCCCACCGCCCCUCCGCACCUCCCUGGCCCCACCAUGGCCUCCACCUACGGGGUGAUGUUGCUCCUGCAGGCCUCCAUCGCCUCCAUCAUCGCCUGGUUCUCCUGGUGUGCCAAGGUCGUCUAUGAACCCCAGGCAGGCCAAGCGGGGAAAGAGGUCCUUGCAAAAAGGCACCUGAAGUGUCACUAAUGUUGGAUGAAAAUUUGCUGUGUUCUGAGAGCUCCGACUUUACUCCGAGACAUAAACCAGUACCGUGCCAGUUUGACAUAAUAUAUUUUAUCACUUGAAAAUGCACAAGCAGCAGAUGUUACUUUAGGGAGUUUACCACUUAUUAGGGAGUCCAUCACAAUUUUACCAAAAAACAUUUUUCCGCACUUAGUAACCUUUACAUGUUCUGAGGUUUACUUAGAUUUGUUUUUGUAGCCUUUAUGUGAGUCACUCAUAACUCAGUGGGUCAGGGGGCGGGGGACGUUUGAUGUGUUUUUGUGGUCUUUAUUUCCAGUGGAUUAUGGGUAGUUUUGGCGGACCUUGCCGGUUUGGUCCGCCCUUAGUUUCUAGUACUUACAGUCUAUUACGGAACAGGGAGAUAUAUUCUAGAUCAAGCAAGGAAUUAUAUUCCAUAAAGGGUUCAGAAGAGGUAGCCAGAACUGGAAGGGGGUUGUUACCCAAGGAGACGCAAUAUCCACGUAUUACCAUGUUGUUAUGGAGACGUAAUAUCCACGUAUUACCAUGUUGUUAUGGAGACGUUUUAUCCUCGUCUAGGUCAGUUGUUCCCCUUGGAGCCUUUUACCACUUCCCCUGAGUAUCUGACCUGAUAAGACCUCCCUCAUGUCUCUCUCUCUGGAUCUUUCUCCUUGACUCUCUUUUCUCACUUAACCAAUUCAGUUUAACAGCCUUCAUCUCUCACAUGAACUUGACAUAAUUUUUGUUUGUUUUAUUCUUGAUCUCUCUUCGUAUCUUUCUUGUUACCCCCUCAAAGUUAUUUUUGUCUGUCCUAUCUCCUGUCUCUCUCUUUCUCUCCAUCUCUCUCUGUCUCUCUCUCUCGGUUCUAUGCCACAAACAGUAACAUUUCCUACUGUUUUCUCAUGAGCCUUCUCAACAGGAAGUAGGGUAGCCGUGCCCUGCAGACUCAACAGAAAUAGACCUCUCUAGUCUUACAUUAGUGCACUUUCUGGGGCAGACACCAUAGGGUGUAGCCACACUUUACAUGCAGUCGUGGCAUUACAACCACUGAAACAAGUUAGCAUAUUUUCCUUUUAAAAAAACUACCUUUAAUUAAAGCAUUUUUAUAGCAUGUAUCUGAUGACAAAUUGGUGAUUCAAUGUACUAGACCAGAUAUGUCAUUCUUUCACUGGUUACUUCGCGGAACCAAUAUGUGUACUGUAUGCCGAGAGCACUGAAACACCGUACUGUACUUUAUGUGUGCUGUGGAAACCAAGGCCUUGAAAGAACGACUGUUUCGAGUUUCUUUUAAACCGAAGCCAUAGUGUGUAGUGUGGGUGGAUGUAUUGUAUAAACCGAGAGGGACGGUUGGAUGUUGAAAAUGGGGACGUUUGGUUGAGUUCCCUCAAAUGGGGUUGCAAAAUGUGUACAAUUUGUAAGCCAGCAUCUAAUAUUUCGCUUCCUGUUUGAUCACGGUAGAGACACACUAGAUUGUUCUACUACAUUUUAUAGUCUCCCCACGAAUGUGAAGGAGACUACAAAAUGUGCUUCUAAAAAAGAGAUAAUCAAAACAUUUAUUUAUUUGAGUGUGGGAAAUGCAUUGUCUGAAAAACACAUUUUAGUCAUUUUGCAGACGCUGUUAUAGGAUAAAAUGCUCAAGAAGGGAGGACAAAUUAUUCACCUUGCUGGCUCAGAGCUUUGAUCUAGCAACCUUUUGGUUACUGGUCAUAUACAUUCAACCGCUAGGUUUCCAGCCCGCGCUCUAGAAAUGAAUAUUAUUAUUACACAGAUUGUAAGGAUGGUUAUAUUUAUUAUUAUUAUAAUUGUUAAUUUUAUUGUUUGCCCAUGUAUCCUCCUUCCCAUGUUUGGGCUUCAUCCACUGUGUAGAGCCAGGUUAUGGGUUCUACUGCAGUCUGUGUUCAGGUCAAUCUGUGUUCCGGUCAGUCUGUGUUCAGGUCUGUCUGCAUUCAUGUCCGUCUGCGUUCAGGUCAAUCUGUUUUCAGGUCUGUCUGCGUUCCUGUCUGUUUGCGUUUAGAUCAGUUUGUGCUCCUGUCUGUCUGCGUUCUGGUCUGUUGGUGUUCAGGUCUGUCUUUACGUACAUACGGCAACAUUUGCACGAGUCAGUCCUGAUUACUGCAGUCGUGUCGGUGCAAUCAGGGGGGCUUUCGGAACUCAGUGACGUUCAGUGUUUCUGAAACGGGUAACUUCGGAGUGUGUUGGCCCUUUUGAGAGUCAUGAUUUUGCUCUUUCCCACGCUCUGGGUUUAUUUGAUCAGUAACAGUGGAUCAGGCCUUAUUCGUCAUACCGAUGAAGUGCAGCAAUUCGAGAAGAAUGCGAGGCUGACUCCCAUGGGCUCGGUGUCAUCGUUGCUAUUGUCGUCAUUGUCCUGAGUGGGACAGAAGCUGUGUGCUGUUUGUUGUACCUAACCUCCUUCAUGGUUGCCAGAUGUGUCUACUUCGGCCACGUCCUCCCAACACAUUUGGGGUGACGUGAAUACAACCAUAUUUGGCAUCCCGUGUUGAAGGCAUCCAUUUCAGUGUUUCCUCGUGUGUUUAAAUGCACUGAAAUGCACAGUGUUUGAGUGAGGUGUCUCUUUAGAGGACCACUCUUCCGGCAGACAAGGUUAUAAAAUCUCCUGGUGUUGCUAUAGCAUUGCAGAGUGGUAACAUUUCGGCAACCUCGGGCAAUAUUUGCUUGCAGGAACAUGAAUAUACCUUCGCAAACCUACUCCAGGUCGGGUACUGUAGGUGGGUAGGCAGACUACCUAUUUCAGACUUGAAAGAUUACGCACACUGCAGCAUUGAGGCAAUAACGUUUCCAUAAUGUGAAUGUAUCUUCCCGAUAGCUUUGCAUUGAGAAUGAAAACAUUGCCAUAAUGUUAGGCCCUUUAUCCUGUGUCUCUUCAAGCCAGUAGACUUGAUGUUAAUCGUGGACAUUUAAUGCUAAGCUAAUUUGUAUGUAAGACUGUACUAAAAGGCUACUUUGCCUCAAGCAUCUUAUUCAGGGGUAAAGCCUGAUUCCGAAAUAUGCAUUUAAUGCAUGUGUAAUAACAAUGGCUAGCAAAUAUUAUAUCACAUUGAUUCCACUGUAGUCCUAAUCAUUUUUUAUUCAAAAACUUUAUUUUUCUGCAAGAAUAUUAUUGUAUAGAGAGAGAUAUGACACUGGAAUGUAGCGAUGAUUUGAUUAACUAAGUUGCAAUAAAAUGUAGAGAACUUGU